AUGAACCUUUUUUUUGAGGUAUUUGGGUCACUUGAAGAAUUGAAAAAUUGGGUAUACAAAAGAGAAGUUGCGAAAGGUUACGUCAUUGUCACCCAACGAACAAGGAAAAAAGGCGAAGGGAAACUAGACUCAAGUAGUGGUAGUUGGAGCCUUGUGGAGAAGAAAAACGUUCACAACCAUGAGCCUGCUGAAUAUCUCGAGGGCCACGCGUUUGCUAGAAGGCUGACCCCAGACGAAGAAUCACUGGUGGAGAGACUUUAUCUGCAAAACAUGGAGCCUACAAAUAUACAUUUAACCAUAAGAAAUCAGUACCCACAUAGCGUGUGCAUUCUACAAGAUGUACAAAAUGUGAUUAAAAAGAUUAAACGAAAAAUGUACGGCGAUCGAACUCCAAUGCAGAUAUUGGAGAGCAUGUUGCAAGAAGAAAGGUACGUUUAUUUCACUAGAGUGAAUCCCUCCACAAACGCGGUCGAGGAGGUUUUUUUCGUUCAUCCGGACUCGUACAACAUGUGGCGUGCAUUCCCACAUGUGUUGAUGAUUGAUGCUACCUACAAGACGAAUGAGUAUAAGCUUCCGUUUAUUCAAGUUGUGGGUGUGACAUCAACACACAAGUCUUUUUGUGUAGCUCAUGCAUUUGUCUCUAAAGAAAAAAAAAAAGAUAACUUCUUAUGGGUCCUGGAGAAGCUCAAAGAAUUGUUGGUAGAUUGCAUGGAGCCACGUGUAAUUGUAACAGAUAGGGAUCAAGCUUUGAUGAAUGCUUGCGAUAAAGUAUUCCCAAAAGCUUCCAAAUUGCUAUGUAGGUGGCACAUCUCACAGAAUAUUCUAAAACACUGUCGGGCAAAAUUUACGGAUGAAGACUGGAAAAUAUUCAAGCUGUCUUGGUCUCGACUGUGUAAUUCUCCCAUUCCGACGAUAUACAAUUAUAACUUUCAGCGGCUUUUCACGCGACUGGUUAAUGACGGACUAUCAGAUGUUCUAGAUUAUUUGUAUGAUGUGUGGCUGAAAGAUUAUAAAGAAAAGUUCGUUUCAGCUUGGACUAACACAGUCCACAAUUUUGGUCAACAUACAACCAACAGAGUUGAAAGCCAGCAUUCUAAGUUUAAGAGAUACAUUAAAGGGCCAAACAACUCGCUCCAUAGACUUGUGUGUCUUGUUGGCAAAGUUGUAGAGUCACAAAAGAUACAAAUAAAAGUUAGUUUUGAGGAGAGCAGGUCUGUGCAAAUGGGGGACCACAGAUUUCCAUUUUUUGACAACCUACGCGGUAAUGUUUCCCAAAAAGCCUUAGAGUUAUUGGUUGUCGAGAGGAAGAAGCUAAAUGUGUUGAGGGCCGGAGGGGGGACUUGUGGCCACCAGCUUUCUACGGGUUGUGGGUUGCCAUGUGCUUGUCAGAUGGAGUGGUGGGAAAAUACAGGUUGCAAAAUUCCACUUGCCGCGAUAGAUAAAUUCUGGACAAAACUUGAUUUUUCGACAGAAGAACUUAAUCAAGACGAGUGUAAUAUUCAGGCGGAAAUGGAUAAACUCACACAGCAACUACAUACGCAGCCACCUCUAGUGUUAAAAAGUAUGUUGUCGAAGAUGAAAGCGGUGUUAAAUCCAAGUAUGACUGACCAUCAACCGCCUGAGGUACAACAAGAUACGCGGGGCCGCCCAACUACGAAAGCAAAACAACAAAAGAAUGAAGACCUUGCGAGACGUAAAGAUAAACAACCCGAAUCACAGAGGAACGACUACACUCAAAGCCAAAUGUACAAAAACGUGAUCGAGCGUUUUAAGGAUUGGCUUCCAUCUAGCUAUCGGAGAUACAUAACACAUAUCGAAGAUGCCCAGCCGGACGGUAACUGUGGGUUUCGAUCCAUAGCUAUGGGUUUGGGGUAUGACCAGAAAGAGUGGAAGUGGGUCCGCCAAGAGCUACUCAACGAGAUGUUCAUUAACAAAAAGCGUUGGGGCCAUAUACUCAAAUCAUUGGACAAGGGAUGUUACGAAAAUGUUUAUCGAUCGAUAAAUUGGUUAAAUGUUGAACCUGCACCUAUGGCAUGUUGGAUGUGGUUGCCCUACACAGGGUUGUUGGUGGCUCAAAAAAUUUGGGGUGAUUGUUCAACAUUUAAGCAAUGGUGUUUGUCAAACUUACUUGCCGAUGUUCGAUGGACCGCAGGUUUACCCGAUGCCAGUACCAAAUGGACUUUGGAAUAUAUACCGAAGUAUGGAAGCUAUGGAAUGGGAGACAAUGUACAUGUCUCGUAUUGCACAGGGUAG